GGUGGAGAAGCCUCGGCAGGGGGCGGCAUGUGAGCGCCAGAAGGCAGGGAUUUCACGGAAAUGAAAGUGGAAGCAAACAGCUUGCGAGCAGAACCUCCUGAGGUGUAUUUCCGGUCGUGCUGGGGCUGAGAGAGACCACAGCCCUUUGGGGGGUACAAGCAAGAGUUAAGUUGCUGUGAAUUCUGCCACCGUGCCCAGCUCUGAAGCCUCAGCUCUUGCCAAACAGACCCAUGUCAGCCCCGCUGGAUGCCGCCCUCCGCGCCCUUCAGGAGGAGCAGGCCAGACUCAAGAUGAGGCUGCAGGAGCUGCAGCAGCUGAGAAAGGAGCUCGGGGACUCCCCCAAAGACAAGGUCCCAUUUUCAGUGCCCAAGAUCCCCCUGGUAUUCCGAGGACACACCCAGCAGGACCCGGAAGUGCCUAAGUCUUUAGUUUCCAAUUUGCGGAUCCACUGCCCUCUGCUUGCGGGCUCUGCUCUGAUCACCUUUGAUGACCCCAAAGUGGCUGAGCAGGUGCUGCAACAAAAGGAGCACACGAUCAACAUGGAGGAGUGCCGGCUGCGGGUGCAGGUCCAGCCCUUGGAGCUGCCCAUGGUCACCACCAUCCAGGUGUCCAGCCAGUUGAGUGGCCAGAGGGUGUUGGUCACUGGAUUUCCUGCUAGCCUCAGGCUGAGUGAGGAGGAGCUGCUGGACAAGCUAGAGAUCUUCUUUGGCAAGACUAGGAACGGAGGUGGCGAUGUGGAUGUUCGGGAGCUGCUGCAAGGGAGUGUCAUGCUGGGGUUUGCUAGGGAUGGAGUGGCUCAGCGUCUAUGCCGAAUUGGCCAGUUCAUAGUGCCACUGGGUGGGCAGCAGGUCCCUCUGAGAGUCUCUCCGUAUGUGAAUGUGGAGAUCCAGAAGGCUGAGAUCAGUUCGCAGCCAGUUCCCCGCUCGGUACUGGUGCUCAACAUUCCUGAUAUCUUGGAUGGCCCGGAGCUGCACGACGUCCUGGAGAUCCACUUCCAGAAGCCCACCCGUGGGGGCGGGGAGGUAGAGGCCCUGACAGUCAUACCCCAAGGACAGCAGGGCCUAGCAGUCUUCACCUCUGAGUCAGGCUAGGGGCCUCCCCUUCUCAUCCUCCCCACCCCCCUGCCGAGGUUCUCAUACUGGGCUGGGCUUGGGUGCCCAUAUAGGAGGUCUGUAUGUUCACCAACAGUGGGGAGGGAUCACACAUUGCGAAACACUGCCCAGAACAGUAAAAAGAGCCUGCACGCCA